AUGAAGUUGAAGGAAAUCGAGAGGCCAGCUGUCCAAGCGUGGAGCCCAGCCAGCCAGUACCCUGUGUAUCUGGCCACAGGAACAUCUGCCCAGCAGCUAGAUGCCUCCUUUAGCACAAAUGGCACAUUGGAAAUCUUUGAGGUUGAUUUCAGGGACCUUUCUUUGGACUUGAAACGCAAGGGCGUCCUUUCUGCCUCAAGCAGGUUUCACAAGCUGAUCUGGGGGAGCUUUGGCAAUGGGGACCUGGAAGGCACCGGGGUUAUCGCAGGCGGCGGGGACAACGGCAUGCUCACACUAUACAAUGUGACCCACAUCCUAUCCUCAGGAAAGGAGCCUGUGAUUGCCCAGAGACAGAAGCACUCGGGGGCUGUCAGAGCCCUAGACUUUAACCCUUUUCAGGGCAACAUCCUGGCCUCAGGGGCGAGUGACUCUGAAAUCUUCAUUUGGGAUUUGAAUAACCUGAGUGUGCCCAUGACCCCAGGAUCCAAGUCACAGCCCCCAGAAGACAUCAAGGCACUCUCUUGGAACCGGCAAGUUCAACACAUUUUGUCUUCUGCUCACCCCAGCGGCAAGGCAGUUGUGUGGGAUCUCAGGAAGAAUGAACCUAUCAUCAAAGUCAGUGAUCACAGCAGCAGGAUGAACUGCUCAGGCCUGGCCUGGCACCCAGACAUAGCCACUCAGUUGGUGCUCUGCUCAGAAGAUGAUCGUCUCCCAUUAAUUCAGUUGUGGGACUUGCGCUUCGCCUCCUCGCCCCUGAAGGUUCUGGAGAGCCAUAGCAGGGGCAUCUUGUCAGUGUCAUGGAGCCAGGCUGAUGCUGAGCUGCUGCUCAGUAGUGCCAAGGACAGCCAGGUCUUGUGCUGGAACCUCGUGAGCAGCGAGGUGGCAUAUAAGCUACCCACACAGAGCAACUGGUGCUUUGAUGUACAGUGGUGCCCUCGGAGCCCUCCAGUAUUCUCUGCUGCCUCCUUUGACGGCUGGAUCCGUUUGUACUCUGUGAUGGGUAGGAGCUGGGAAGUCCAGCAGAUGAGACAGGUUGACAAGAUCUCUUCCUCCUUCAGCAAAGGCCGGCCUCUCCCACCAUUGCAGAUGCCAGAGCAAGUGACUCAAGCGUCAUUGAUACCUCCUCUGAAAAAAGCCCCCAAGUGGAUGAGAAGGCCAGCAGGCGUUUCAUUUGCUUUUGGGGGGAAGCUGGUCACUUUUGGCCUUCCCAGCACCCCUGCCCAUCAGGUGCCACAGCCUUGCCUUCGCCUAGUCUUCAUCAGUCAAGUCACCACAGAAUCCGAAUUCCUGAUGCGAUCAGCUGAGCUGCAGGAGGCCCUGAGAUCAGGAAAUCUCCUCAAUUAUUGUCAGAACAAGAUCCAGCGAGCGUCAGUGCAAAGCGAAAAGAUGCUCUGGCAGUUCUUGAAGGUGACCUUGGGGCAAGACUCCAGAAUGCAAUUUCUAAAGCUAUUAGGAUACAGUAAAGAUGAGCUUCAGAAGAAGGUGGCCGUGUGGUUGAAGAGAGACUCAGGGCUGGGUAAGAGCCCUGAGCCGAAGGGAGAUAACCUCAGCAGUACCAGACAUCAGGCCUUCUGCAGCCAGGCCUCCAAACACACCACAGAAGCCUCUGCCUCCUCAGCUUUCUUUGAUGAGCUGGUCCCUCAGAACAUGACUCCAUGGGAGAUCCCCAUAACAGAAGACACAGAUGGACUCCUAAGCCAGGCUCUCCUGCUCGGUGAACUGGGCCCUGCUGUGGAGCUGUGUCUGAAAGAAGAGCGCUUUGCUGAUGCCAUUAUCCUGGCCCAGGCUGGGGGCGCAGAUCUGCUGAAGCAAACACAGGAACGCUACUUGGCCAAGAAGAAAACCAGAAUCUCCUUGCUGCUAGCCUGUAUUGUGCGGAAGAAUUGGAAGGAUAUGGUGUGCUCCUGUAGCAUGCAGAACUGGCGAGAGGCACUGGCUUUGCUGCUGACAUACUCAGGGCCAGAGACAUUCCCUGAGCUCUGUGACAUGCUGGGUAGUCGAAUGGAGCAGGAGGGCAACAGGGCACUCACCUCCGAAGCCAGACUCUGUUAUGUGUGCUCAGGGAAUGUGGAGAGGCUGGUGGAGUGCUCGGCAAAAUGCCACCAGGCUUCAUCCCCCAUGGCUCUACAGGACCUGAUGGAGAAGGUAAUUGUUCUGAACGGGAGCUCGGGACGACUGCGGGGUCCUGAUGGGGUGAGCCCAGGCCCUGCCACAACCUACAGGGUCACUCAGUAUGCCAACCUCCUGGCAGCCCAGGGCAACCUGUCCGCUGCCAUGAGCUACCUACCCAAUGACUGUGCUCAGCCACCAAUUCAGCAGCUGAGAGAUCGGCUUUUUCAUGCCCAGGGUGCUGAUGUCUUGGGCCAGCAGUCUCCUCCUUUCCCCUUUCCCAGAGUCAUUGUGGGAGCUACUCCCCACUCUAAGGAGGUGUUAUCUUGCAAAUUGGGAUUCCAGCCUUCUCAACAGGUUCCCACUCCAUCUACAAGGCCAAGGAUUUUCACACCCCAGUCAUCACUAGUGAUGCCCUUGGCACCUUCCCAUUCUGGCCCUUAUCAAGGCUCCAGAAUGCAGAAUAUAAGAGACUACAGGGUACCUGAGCUCCAGGUUACCCAGCCUUUGCCCCUGGGCCCUGGAGUAACACCUGCUUUAUCUCAGCCACAGCUGUUAAGAGGGCAAGAGGCGCAAGCUCCUAACCCCCUGGGAUUCCCUGGAACAUGGCCUCUUCCUGGUUCCCCUCCACCGAUGGCACCCCCGGGCCUCAUGCAGCCUGACUCUGCCCCCCUGCCUGAGACUGCUCGCCUGCUUCCUUUCCUUCCGAUGAGACCACCAGAUCUCCGCCCUGUGAGUUCCCAGCCCCCAGGCCCUCCUGACAGCUUCCCUGUGGCGCACCCUCCAGGAGGCCCAGGCGCUCCUUGCUCCAGCACCAUUCAGACCACUGGCAUCUUGAUUCCUCACCCAGGACCUCAAGAUUCUUUAAAAAAUGCUCCAGCUUCCGGGGCGAACUUCCAGAGGAGGCAGUUGCCAGAGACAUUUAUGUCCCCAGCACCAAUUACUGCUCCAGUUAUGAGCCUCACCUCUGCGCCACGAGGGGUCCUUUCCUCACAGCCCCCUGUCCCUGGUGUGGGUCAUGCUCCCCCUGGAGCACCAGGAGAACUCCGCCUGCAGCAAUGGCCACCAGAGAAGACGUACAGGAAGGAGCUGCCCCCAGAGCAUCAGUGCUUGAAAACCAGCUUUGAGGCACUUCUACAGCGUUGCUCCCAGUGUGCCACUGACUUAAAGACAAAACGGAAGCUGGAUGAGGCAGCUCAACGCCUAGAAUGUCUCUAUGAGAAGCUCUGUGAGGGGACACUCUCGCCUCCAGUCCUGGCUGGGCUCCACGAGAUUGCCCGAUGUGUGGACACAGGAAGCUUUGAGCACGGCCUUGCAGUGCAUGCCCAGGUGGUGGGCUGCAGCCGCUUCAGUGAGGUCUCCAGCUUCAUGCCCAUCCUGAAGGCUCUUCUCACCAUUGCUCAUAAGCUGCACGUCUAA